AUGCAAGCGGCUAGAUUUUACGGCCCUGGCGAUAUCAGGGUUGAGGAAGUCGACCGUCCUAAAGCAGACAAUAACAAGGUGAUUGUGGCAGUAGAAUGGUGUGGCAUCUGCGGCAGCGAUCUGUCUGAAUACAGUCACGGUCCGGUAGCCAUUCCAAAGAAACCACAUCCACUUUCUGGGGAGCAAUUGCCAGUGAUAAUGGGUCACGAAUUUUCCGGGAGAAUACUAGAAGCACCACCCGGUUCAAAGUUCUCUUCUGGUCAGCCCGUCAUGGUUGAUCCCCGCCUGAAUUGCGGCAAGUGCCUCCAAUGCAGCUCUGGGCACUCGAACGGCUGUGAGAAAUGGGGUUUCCUCGGCUUGAGCGGCGGCGGCGGCGGUUUUGCGGAAAUGGUUGCUGUCAGGCCAGAAAAGCUGCACGCUCUGCCUGAUUCUGUCGAUUUGGCUGUGGCUACACUCCUAGAGCCUCUGUCCGUCGCCUGGCAUGCAGCCACUCUUUCAGGUUUGAGAAAGGGAGACUGCGGCGACGCAGCAGCCCUCGUCGUGGGUGGCGGACCAGUAGGCGCCUCGAUGAUAUACGUCCUCCGAGCGUGGGGGAUGAAGCAAAUAUUUGUUUCGGAACCCAGUCCGGCACGCCGAGAGUGGCUCGAGGAUAUUGUGGAGGCUGCAUUUAACCCAAUAGAAAUAGAAAUCUCCUCGGAAUGCCGUCAGAGAACAAAAGAGAUUGGGGUCGAUGCUGUCUUUGAUUGUGCCGGUUCCCAAGUGGCUCUGGAUAGUGCUAUUGGUAGCUUGAAGUUCCGUGGCAGCUAUGUUAACGUCGCCCUGGCUACACCAAAGGUGGCUUUGCCAUGCCGGACGAUGUUGCUCAGGGAGCUCAAGGUGACCUCAUCGUUGGCAUACAAUGACAAAGACUUCAGCGAGGUCGUGGAGGCAUUCAUAAGUGGGCAAUUUAACGGCGUGGAAAAGAUGGUGACUGGAAGAAUCUCUUUACAAGAGGUUGUACAGGAAGGGUUUGAGCAUCUGGUUCACCAAAAAGACAAACACAUGAAGAUUGCAGUAAGCCCCAAGAUACAGAAAUAA